AAUGACGAGCAAGUGACGGUGCCGAAGGCAUGGCCUGAUGCAAGUGCUGUGAGACCGGACACUGCCGGACGCGAAGGGACCAUCUUUACUGCAGAACGCAAGUACAGCCUCACUGACAGCACCCUACCACGCUGGAAGCUAGAGCAAGGAUGCCGCCCACACCCCCGCUCGAGGACUCGCCAACCGAGCACCCGGACGGCUCACGCUAGGAUCAGGAAGGGAUCGCAUGGCAAUACUGCCAAGACUGCCAACGCCAUCCUGGAGAUCACCGCAGUAGUGGGAGGCGAUGCCUGGCUACCCUGCAACGUCACGCCGGCGGCCGGUAAAGAGCGUCCUGUGGCGCUGGUCCUUUGGUACAAGGACAACGCAUCGACGCCCGUCUACACGGUGGACGCGAGGUGGGGAAGCCUCCUGCAGGGAGCGCGACACUUUCCCGGGGAGGAGGAGCUGGCAGACAGGCUUAGCUUCGAGGGAGCCCACCAGCCGGCGCUGCUUCGGGUGUCGCACGUCGAGCCCGCGGACGCCGGCGUGUACCGGUGCCGCGUGGACUACCGCCAGGCGCGCACCGAGGUCACGCUGUCCCUGCUGCACGUCAUUGUGCCUCCACGAACCGUGAUAGUGUUGGACGAGCACGGCCAGAGACAAGUGGACAUCCUUGGCCCGUACAACGAAGGAGCAACUGUGAUGCUCGUUUGCGAAGUUGAAGGCGGAGAUCCUCCCCCCGAAGCGCUUUGGUUCCGGGACGGUGAACUGGUGGAUACCAGCUUUUCAGUGCUGCGACCGCAGGGCGUGGUUCGCAACGAGCUGCGCCUGGGUCCAUUACGGCGCCGGGACCUUCUCGCCGAGGUUGUGUGCAGUGCUUCGAACACCAACCUCACGGAACCACUAACGAGUAGCCUCAGACUUGACUUGAAUUUAAAGCCGACCGAGGUGAAGGUUACACUUCCGGCGCUGUCCCUGUCCACGUCCGAUGACUCCGCCCUGGUGGCCGACGAGGUGGCCGAGGCCCAGUGCCUUGCCGUGGGAGCGCGGCCACUGGCACAGGUCGCAUGGUUCAAAGGUGGCCACAGGCUGCUGCACGACCGCCUCGUGUCGCAGGAGGCCGGCUCGACGGUGAGCGCCAUCAGCUUCGUGGUGCGCGCCGAAGACCACGGCGCCAAACUGACGUGUCGCGCCGACAAUCCGAGCCUGCCUGGCAGCGAGAUCAGCGACUCACUCAUUCUCGGCGUCCAGUAUCCGCCAAGGAUGUCACUAACUUCCUCUGAUCGUCGACCACGUGAGGGUGACAACGUGACUCUGCGAUGCGACUGGAGUGCCAACCCCGCUGUAACCGCCAUCUGGUGGCGUCACGACGGCCGCCUAUUGGAGUGGCGUGACGAGUUCGUCGAUCUGGUGAAUGUAACAAGGGCGCAGUCUGGACUGUACGAGUGCUUGGCCUCGAACCGCCUGGGCGAGGGAUAUAGCAACCAGAUCCGCCUGUCCGUCUUAUUCGCUCCCGAAUGCGCCGAGGGCCAGCGGGAGGAGUACGCGGCGUCGCCCGAGCUCCGCGUCGCUUGCGAGGUUCGCGCCAACCCGAGCGACGAGCUGCACUUCGAGUGGCUGGCCAACACCACGAAGCGUGCGGGCCGGAUCAACAGCCUGGCGGUGAACGGAACCCGGGCCCUCGCGCGGGCUGUCGCCAGCAGGGAGCUGGAGUACGGCCUGCUGCUCUGCUGGGCAUCGAACAGCGUGGGCAAACAGAGGGAACCGUGCAUCUUCCGCAUCGUGCCGCCCUCACACCCUGGUGACCCUCACAACUGCACCGUCGCCAGGAAAGGUCCCGACAGCAUUGCGGUCAGGUGUCGUCCAGGCCCCACGGGUGGUCUGCCAGUGACUUUCACCGCAGAGCUGCUCUCUGGAAGAACCUCGUCGCCCUCUCUACUGCUGUCGCUGAGAAAUGCGAGCAGCACCAGGUGGCCAGAGUUCAACUUUGCGGGGCUGCAGCUGGGAAGAGUGUAUCUCGUUCGCGUCUACGCCUCCAACGCUCACGGCCGCAGCGGCGUCAUGGAGGUGCGAUUCUCUGCGGGCCGACGACUGCUGCACGAGGCUGAGCCUGCGGCAACCAUUGAUGGCACCGCAACCAGCCUGCCAGGACACGUUCUCGCUUUUCUCGCAACGAUAGUGGUGGCCCUGGCAUGCGCCGCAGUCUGCCUUACCGUAGCCAAAUAUCGAAAGCACAGGAGAAAGCGAAAAGGCAUGAAAGAAUCCAUCCAGCUUCAAAAGUCUUCCCCGCAGAAAGGCUUGUGCGAGUGCGGCUCUGGUGACGUGGUCUACCAGUCACCAGAUCUCAUCGCGAGCAAGUGCGGAAUGUCAGGUCAAGCCGACAUCACCGUGGUGGCGCCCGUUCUUCACAGCAAAUCAACGGGCGAGAACGGGUUGGAUCCGUGCUACCAUGAGACCGGGGUUAUCACGGGAUCCCUGUCGCCAACAGUACAAAUAAUGCAGUAGCAGACCGCGAGCGGCUGAAAGCGAAGCAGGCCGGGAGUGGACACUGGCAGCGUUAAUGACUGUCAGCUUCAGGAUGGAAAACGGGCUUCCACGCUGAUACUCGUGUCCCCGAAAACGAUGGCAUUGCACGAGGCCAGAUCCGCCACUCAUUGACCAAGUACUG